CCCUCGGCAGCAUCAUCGACCGGACAGAAGAAACAGACCAGACAACAGAAGUCUCCCUCUCGAGUACUCCGAUUACGGGUCGGACCUCUCCCGCUGACCCGAAUCGCGACCCCCAAUGAGCUCAUCCACCGCAUUUCCUCCGCCGUCUCUCUUCCUCACCUCCGGCGGGGUACGGCGCCGCGGCGUGCCCGUGUUCCUCAGGCGGCAGUACUCGCUCCUCAGCACCCUCCGGUUCUCCAGGCCGGGACUUCUGCGCGCGUAUGCUUCACUUGCCGGGCAAGGUCCCGAACUCUCGUGGGGCUCCGCCGAUUCCAACUCCGAGUUCAAUGGUUGGGCCGUCGUGGAGUACCCGGUGGUUCAGAAGAGAGGGAAGAAAGGCCUGCCGAAGUUUGUAGUUGGGGGAAUUGGGGCGUCAGUUGCUGUUCUACUUGCUGCCAUUGCUCAAUUGUCGCUCUCCAGACAAGGGUUUAAGUUCCGUUUGUGCAGUCCCCUGAAUGCCUUGCAAGGUCUGUUGCAUAAAACUGAAAGGCAAGCUAAUAUCACCAAAGAUACUAUUCCAGUUUCAUCAGAGAGCAAUACCAUCGAGUUUGAGGAAAGCUCACUGACAGAGAGGGUACCAGAUGAAAUCGGCGAUGCUGUUGCUUCAGGAACUUCAAAGAAAGACGUCAAAUUGCAGCGCAUUAUAAUUCCAGCUGCUGUAGAUUCGACUCAGCAGGAAGCUCUGGGGCUAUUAAGAAGUCUGAAGAUAAUUGAAGAGGGUGUUAGAGCUGACGAGCUAUGCACAAGAAGGGAAUAUGCACGGUGGUUGGUUCGGAUAAAUUCUUCAUUGGAAAGGAACCCGAGGCAAAGAAUUGUUCCAACAAUCUCACUUUCUGGUUCAACUACUGCUGCAUUUGAUGAUGUCAGUGUAGAGGAUCCAGACUUCAGCUCGAUCCAAGCCCUGGCGGAGGCGGGAGUCAUUCCAAGCAAGCUUUUAGUGAAGCAUACCAAUCAUGGUUCAGAAAGCCAAGGGAAGUUUUUGUUUCUUCCUGAGAGGUUUAUCUCGAGACAGGAUCUGAUAAAUUGGAGAGUUCAAUUAGAGUAUGAUUUUGUCCCUGGAUUAGAAGAACAGAUAUCAAGUUCAAAGGUUGGAUUCAGGGAUAUGAAGGAGGUCGGUUCAGAAAUAUCUCCUGAGUUUUUGAUGGACCUUUUAGCUGGUGGCAAGAGCAUAAUCAGAAAAGUCUUUGGUCAAAUGAAACGAUUUCAACCUAGCAAACCUUCAACAAAAGGACAAGCUGCUGUGGCUCUUACAAGUGGCAGGAUGAUGGAAGCAAUUCAGGCUGAAUUAUCAAGAGUAGAGGCCGAGAAUUCUUCAAGACUGAUUGAGAUGGAAGAAAUCAGAUCUGAGUUGCUGGGCCGGGGAGACAUAGAGAGGGUUUGGAACGAGAAGAUGAAGGAAGAAGCAGCCCGAGGUCUGGAAGUUGAGAAGGAUUAUAUUGCAGCAAUUGGUGACCUGGAGGAGGAGAAGAUUCUUCAGAAGAAGACUUUUGAAGAUCAUGUGAAGGAGAGAGCAGCUCUAGAAUGUCAGAGGCAACUGCUCCUUAGCCUCAAAGAAGAAGUCGAUGAGAUGUCAGAUAGGCUCUCUUCGGAGAGAACCAUUUAUGUGGCUGAGCAAUUGAGUGUGCAGGAGAUGAUCACAGAGUUGCAGAAGAAGCAGGAAGGACUUCUCGAUACAAAGUCAAUUCUGGAAGCUGAGAAAGAAGCCAUACGAAUUCUAAGGUCAUGGGUAGAGGAUGAAGCGAAAAAGAACCAAGCUCGGGCUAAAGUUCUGGAGGAAGUUGGAAGGAGGUGGAGAUGGGAUGAUCAAUCUUAGCAACUGCCCCUCUUUUCUUCAGCACAGGGAGAUUCAUAUGGGCAAAAGUAGUUUCCAUCCUCCGAUGCAGCUGCAGCUUGUGAUUUCCCAUUUCCUGUAAUCUUUUUUCACCUGGGCUGCAGGUGCAAGGCUUUUACGUUUUUUAAUCUUGAACCGAGUCAAAUGGAUCAAAGGUGGAAAUUGAAACAACGUCUCCGGAGUCCCAGUUUUAAUGUACUGUCACCUGUCAAUGUAUGUCAACCGUUGCUUGCUGUGGAAGCAUAAUAGAAUGUCUUUUUAUUUGCAAAUACUUCAGUGAAGCUGCUGGAAACAACAUAAGGUAGCCAUCCAAUGGCAAUUAUUACACUA